GGUGGAGAAAAGUCGCCUGUCCGUUCUCCGCUCGAACUAAACAAUCAUUCUCGUAUCGGUACUGCGGCGCGGUAGCACACUCUCGACCUACUCAACGGGUCCGGAGAGCUAGAGCAGAACUUCUAGGAGUAGGAGCAAGAGUACAUAAUGUACUCUUGGUAGGAGUAGUAGGUAGGGCGAUGGGUUUUGCUAAACUCGUACUGUGACAGUCACUUGCUUGGCAAGGACAGCGUCACAGCGGCGACUGGAAUGAAUGGACCGCUGAGCAGUGGAGAAUUCGCGAAUGAACGAGUCUUCUGGUUCUGAGGACUUCCGACACCGGGUGAUACGCAUCUCCGUGGUCGGUAAUCGUACGUGCCACCUACGUACAUGAUACAAUACGGGCGUGUUUCUGUCCGGAAAUCCUUGCUGGUUCGAUAGAAUGGCAGUGCCCGGAAGUGCAUAUACCGGUUUCGGGUCAUUCCAUUCCGACAACAUCCAAGACCUCAUAGCACAGAGCGACAGCGAUUACCGGCCGCCGACAAUACCGCCCGACAUAUGCAUGCCUGAGUUUCCCAGCUACGAUGCAAUGAUGACGUCGCUGCUCGAGCCCCUGGAGGAGUUGGGCUCUGGGGGCUGCUUUGGCAAAGCCCUGCUGGACCGGGGGGUGUUUCUGCUGGAUCGCAAGUGGACGUUUCUGAAUCACGGCGCGUUUGGUGCCACGUGUCUGCCCGCGUUGCGUGCCGCCGAGGUGUGGCGACGUCACACGGAGCGACAGCCUCUGCUCAGCUUCGACCGCGUCCUGCUGCCUCACCUGGUACGCAUCGUUCGCCUGGUCAGUCGGGUGAUCGGCGCUAGGAGCUGUGCCGACGUGGUGCUGGUACCCAACGCCACGCAAGGGCUCUGGGCAUGUAUCCAGACUGCUGCUCGGGUACUCCAUCCUGAUGAUGCCAUUCUCACUCUGGAUAUCGGCUAUGGAUCCGUAAAGAAGAUGGUCAAAGAAGUCACGAAACGGUUCCCGGUGAAACAUGUCGAAGUGACCGUGCCACUACCGCCAGUGGGGGACGCAUCCAGCGCCGACAUUGCCUUGCAGAUUCACACGACCUUGGAGCAAGCUCUCAAGAGCCACGGUCACGUGAAGCUGGUUCUGGUCGACGCCAUCACAUCCAACACGGCCAUCUGUCUGCCGGUCAAGCGUAUCACAGAACUCUGCCACCGUCACGGGGCCGCGGUCAUCGUCGAUGCCGCACACGCCCUCGGCCAAAUCCCCCUCAACGUCAGCGACUGGGGCGCCGACAUUGUCGUCGGGAACUUCCACAAGUGGUGGUGUGCAGCACGCGGCGCAGCGUUUGUGUACAGCAACGGCGAUCUGGACCUGGAUCAUUUCCGCGUGCCUCGUCCAGAGGCGCUCGUCAUCUCUCACGGAUACGGUCACGGGAUGCUGUCGGAGUUUUCCUGGGACGGCAACAGGGAUUACAGCGCUUGGCUGGCGCUGGAUGCCUCCGACAGGUUUUGGAGCAGCCUGGGCGUCGACCGGGCGCGCGAGUACUGCGUCGGUCUGCUCCGUGAUGCGGCCACUCUGCUGGUCAAGGACUGGUCUACUCGUACGCUCGUCCCGCUGGAUAUGUGUCACAUGAUGGCACUAGUGGAGGUGCCUGUCCGGGAUGAACACAGCACAGAUGAUAAUCAGAAGCUCACAUCGGACAAUGCAAAGUUUCUUCAGGAUAAGCUGCACUACCAGUACUCAAUCGAGGUGCCGGUGAAGUGCGUGGACAGUCGACUCUGGGUGCGCAUCUCCGCGGCCGUGUAUAACACCAUCGAGGACUACCAGCGCCUUUCGGCGGUUAUCCGUGAGAUAUUUCCUAUGAGCGUCUAGCCUAAGCAUACAGUCUGACCUCGCUUAUCCGGCCCUCUUUCAGUAUCCGGAUUCCUCACCAUCCGGAAGAAAACAGCUGGUUACAGCUCAGCCAAUCAGAGUUUAGGAAGUGUUUUCUUCAACAAGAGUUAAGAUAUCAGCAGACCAAGAAGACUUUGAAACACGUGCUGAACUCUGAUUGGUGGAGGGCAGUUGACCAAUCGUUUCACGUGUGAAGUUCAGAACAGGAUAGAAUGAAAUUUUAGAUUUUCUUCCCUGGUAGAAUUUUUUGUUUCUCCUUCUACCAGUACUGUGUAGCUCCAAGGGCACGUAUGUUCUCAGCUACUGCGUGCGGCUGGCUGCACUCAUUUCCCCAGGUUACUUUCGUGUGUGACUUGAUGCACUUGUGCAGUAUGAAAGUUGUAUUAAUUUUAUAUUGAAAAAUCGGCUGGACUUAUUUCUUUCGUGUUUAUGUUAGCUGGGUUAGGCUUUCCCAUUCUCUAACCAAGCUCACAUUCCUCUUCCAAAAAUUAUAGCUUAAUUGUGACUUGAUUCACUCUUCCAUGCAGUAUCUAAACUAUUUAUAAUGAAAAUCGUACUCAUGGUGAUAUAUCUCAAUAAAAUCUGGAUCUGGCAAAAAAGCGGAACAAAUAAGAUUAUAUAGAUAGGGCAUUAUGAUGGUAAUGUGGGAAGGUCGGAUCAACACCUAUCUUCUUAUCUCUCUGUUCAA